AUGAAAAAACGACACAAAUCUAAAGCAGCUCAAUUGGCAGCAGAACGUGAUAUUGAACUUUACAUUCGUUUAGACAUCGAAGAUCAAAUUGUUGUUGAAGAACAUGUUCUGAGAAAUGCAAUCGGUCGAGCGAUUAAUAUACUUUUCGGCGAGAUUGGUAGUCAAUCGAUUCACGUCGAACUUAUUUCAUUUCGAUAUGGCACAGGAACAAUUAGGACGAAAACCAAAAUGUUAAAUCAAGUUCGUUGUGCUUUAACAUUUUAUGGUCUACAUGAUAAACGUGAAUGUGCUUUUCGUAUUGAUACAAAAUCAGAAGAAAAUGAUAAAGAUGAUGAUGAAGACGAUCGCACACUUUCAAUGUCGAUGGACUGA